AGCUUUGGCACACAUGGCAGUGAGUGAAAUACCAAAAAAGAAAGAAAGUUGUUGAUAACGUUUUCCUGGGGAGUUUGGCAACAUGUCGACCACCGUGGCCGCCCUGUCAUUUUCCCCUUCACUAACACAAGUAAACCAGUUGGUUGGGGCUCUCUCUCUCAUUCUCUCAGUGGGCCAUUCUUAUCAAUUACUAAUAAAAAUGGUACUUCAGUUUUCGUUUUCCACAUUCUGUUUGUUAGCUAGUUAAGCCUGAGUAACACAAAUCCAUUAUUUUCUGCUACGGAAAUCAUUCUCAAACAUUUGUUCCAAAAUUUCAAAAGCAAACAUAGGAAAGUAGAGAGGAAGAGAGGCAGUGCUUCAAUAGUAUAUUAGAAGUCUUGGGAGAUAAGGUGAGGGAGAAAGCAUCAAGCAGUGAAGCUCCUGCCAUGGCUACUAGUAGCACCCUUCACUCCAGUGAUUCAUCACUGCCCAGCCAGAGAUUAGUAGGGAAAGUGGCAUUGGUCACUGGUGGAGCAUCUGGCAUUGGUGAGAGCAUUGUGCGACUAUUUCACAAGCAUGGUGCCAAAGUCUGUAUAGUCGAUGUGCAAGACAAUCUUGGCCAGAAAGUCUGUGAAUCCCUUGGUGAUGCCCCAAAUGUUUGGUUUUUCCAUUGUGAUGUGACAAUAGAAGAAGAAGUUCGCUCUGCAGUUGACUUUGCAGUCCAAAAGUUUGGUACGCUCGAUAUCAUGGUCAACAAUGCCGGAGUAUCAGGUCCACCAUAUCCUGAUAUCCGUAACUAGAUAUCAGAUUUCCAGAACGUGAUGGAUGUGAAUGUGAAGGGUGUUUUCCUGGGAAUGAAGCAUGCUGCUAGGAUUAUGAUCCCUCAUCAAAAGGGUUCCAUCGUUUGUGUCUGUAGUGUUUCUAGUGUCAUUGGGGGUCUAGGACCACAUGCAUAUACAGGGUCCAAACAUGCUGUUUUAGGCCUUAACAGGAAUGUUGCAGCUGAGCUAGGAAAAUAUGGGAUACGUGUGAAUUGCGUUUCACCGUAUGCAGUUCCAACGGGCUUGGCUUUAGCUCACUUGCCUGAGGACGAAAGAACUGAAGAUGCCCUAGCCGGUUUUCGUGCUUUUGUUGCCAGACCUGCUAACUUGAAUGGGGUGGACUUGACUGCUGAUCAUGUGGCGAACGCUGUUCUCUUCUUAGCUAGUGAUGAAGCUGGGUACGUAAGUGGAGACAAUCUGAUGGUAGAUGGUGGCUUUACAUGUGUAAACCACUCAAUGCGUGUCUUUCGAUGAUCAAUGCUGAAAUUCAAAUAUGAAUUCUGCAGUUUCACUUGUUUAGCUUGUCUAGGCCUUCGCUUUUUCAUUUAAAUUUCCUGGAGAUUGUAUUUCUUUCUUAUCCUUCUUCCAUUUCUGCAAUACACUUGGAGAUUGUACUUCUUUCUUAUCCUUAUUGUAUUUCUUUAUUAUCAUUUUUCCAUUUCUGCAGCAGAGGGAGAUUGUAUUUCUUUUGUAUCCUUUUCCCAUUUCUGUAGUAGGCUAAGUUAAGUUAGUGACUUGGCAAGUACCUCAAUCUAUAAAAUUCAAUGAAAAUAAAAGAGAUGGAAGAUUGAACUAUUA